CUAGGAUUAAUAAUCUGGUCUUUCCAGAACAAAGCGAUGAGAUCAGAGAUCAACCUUCACUUCACCUUCGAUCUUAUAAAAGGAGUAUACCUGAAGCCCGGGGAUGGAAUAACGUCCCGCCGAGCCUCGGUACAUCUCCCCAGAUUCCCGGGGUUCAAGAGGGACUCCGGCAUUUCGAUCAUUAUUCAACUCCAAGCUCUUCCCUUUAAAUUUCUUCCUCUACCAUUUUGAUAUCGUAAUUCUACAUACACAAGCAAGAUGGAUGUCUCGAAUCUUUUCGGUGUCAAGGACAAGGUGGUGCUCGUCACAGGCGGAGCGAAGGGAAUUGGCCGCAUGAUAUCAGAGGGCUUUGUCGCCAAUGGAGCGAAAGUCUACAUAUCGUCCCGAGACGCAAAGGCAUGCGAGCAGGCUUGCAAAGACUUGAAUGCGCUCGGUAAGGGCAAGGCGGAUUACAUUACCGCGGACUUCUACAAGGAGGAGGAUAUCAAGAACCUUGCAGAGGAGCUUGGCAGGAGAGAGAAGAAGCUCCACAUCCUCGUAAAUAACAGCGGCAGCAACUGGGGAGAGUCAUAUGAUACCUAUCCCAGCGCUGCAUGGGAUCGAGUCCUGAACCUCAAUCUCAAGCGCGUAUUCCAGCUCACCCAGGCUGUCACUCCUCUUCUGGAGGCGGCCGCAUCGAGCACAGACCCGUCGCGGAUUAUCAAUAUUGGCUCCGUUGAUGGACUUCGCGUUCCGGCCCUGGAGACGUUCGCGUACUCUGCAUCCAAAGCUGGACUGCACCAUUUGAGCAGGGUGCUGGCUAGCCAUCUUGGCAAGAGACAUGUCACGAGCAACACCAUCGCGUGCGGGCCAUUCCAGAGCAAAAUGAUGAAAGCUACUCUAGAGAAGUUUCAGGAUGUAAUCGAGAGUGGUGUCCCUCUUGGACGUAUUGGAAGCCCCGAGGACGUCGCGGGAACGUGUAUCUGGCUCGGAAGCCGUGCGGGAGCCUGGGUCAACGGUGCAACGAUCGCCUUGGAUGGAGGUGCUCUUGUUGCUGCCAAAUUGUAAAAAUCUGGGACAGCUCCUACUGUCGUGGACAUCUUGUAUAUUACCGCAUAAGCUCGCCCCAUAGCAAAACAUGUUUGAUUGCAGGCCGUUGAGAUAUUGAAGCUGUAUCAAGAAAACAUUUUGGGGGUAUCAUUGGUUCUCCAUCAUAUAGCGCCUGUUCUACUGGAUCAAUCCAUCAUCUUUUCUGCAUC